UAAUUCACUAGAAUUCCCGCAUUCUUUCCGAUCUUUAGGUUCUGUUAUUUCACCAAUACAGGAAUAGGUCCCGCUCUCCACACAUCCGGUUUACCUCUGGUUAGAUGAACUAUCAAGUCACGCUGGCUAGACAACAAUCGCAGUUCACCCAUCUCACACACCAACCAACAUGUCGCACCAACCCCAGUUACAAAUCUACAACCUCCUUCGACAACCCCAUGCAAAGCAAACCACAUUUCAUCCAUUCCCUCUACUGCCCACCGAACUUCGCCUCAAAAUAUGGCAGCACGCAAUGCAACGCCCCCGUCUCAUCCGCAUACAUAUCUACCCAGCCGGAUACCCCGAUCCAAAACCCCCGGACCACGCAACAGAGAAAUACCGAGUUAUUAUCAACGGCCUCUCCGCACUCAGCAAACUACUCCACAUCAAUCGCGAGUCACGGGAAGCCGCCCUAGGGUUCUACCGCGUCCACAUCCCCUGCGAAUUCCGCCUCGACACCGACUGCAGGUUCGACUCAACGACCCCAGGAACAUUCCAUUUCAACCCGGAGUACGACAUACUAGGAAUCCACGCCAGUGACCCAGUACGGGAAACCCUCGUUGAAUUCCUCCAUCAACUGAAGCACACGCACGACCCGCGGGGCAUCGGCCUUCUCAACCUAGCCAUGGACGGCAAUGAUCUCAACGCGAACGAUCUCUACGCAUUAGACCCCGCGGACGCGAGCAUCAGUGCCGAAAGACGAAGGUCGUUCACCGAGACGCUGACGCAGCUGCGUCAGGUCUUGUUCGUGGUGAUCGAGCGGGUGGGCCGCCAGGUCGUCGGUUUGCACAGCGGGCUGCUCACGUCGGAAACGUUCUUCAAUCGCUCGUUGCCGAUUUUAUCAUCCUCGACGACGUCGUUUGACCGUUUGCCCCGAGACCCCCGAGAGAUUGCCGACGACCUGAAGCACGUCUUUGUCGGGACGUUUGAUCCCCGAGGCAUGUUCGAUCACUGGGGUCGGUUGCUUCGGAGGUGGAAUGUGGCUUCAUCGAUUGUUGAAUAUCGAGUCCUUUUGGCGUUUAUUCCCCGCGGGGAUUCAGAUAGGGUCCGUGACCGCGGAAGUGCAGAGCGCUGGUUGUUGAAGGAGGAUUGUGAAUGGAAGGGGGAACCGGAUCCGUUUGAAGAUCCAGAUAAACCUAUCUCCGCGUUUGUUCAGAGACUUCGGCAGAAGAAUAUCAAGUGGCCGGUUGGGGCUAACCAUCCAAAGUAUAAAUAUGAGGAUAUGGAGAGAGCUGUGAAGCCCGCAUUCGGGUUCUGGCUGUUUCCCCUGGAGCCCUUGGGCGCUGUGUCGACGGCGGCAGGUGGCUCGGGCUUGAUACAACCGCCGGGAUACAGGUCAGAGGCAAAGCGGUUGUUGGAUUUGAGCGCCCACUGGCCUGAAUUGGCUUUGUUUGGUCUUUAGGUAGCUACCUGGUUCAAGAAUAGGUUCUCUUUUCCUAAAUCGUGCUACCAUUAACGUUCAGCUUUAAGCGGGACAGGACUUAGAGCAGAACUCUUUCUAAUAUCCGAGAAAUCAAGAAGAUCAUUGAAUGAAU